UGUUCACUCGGAGUGGCUGGAAAAGCUGUUACGAUGUUGAUGAUUGUCGGGAUAGUUUGCGCCGCUUUGGCCAUAUUUAUAUUAAAAUAUGUCUUCAGCAGCUCCGGGCCCAAUCCCUUUGAGACGGACACUCGUGAACCGUUGAAAGAAAUGGUUCACGUCUGGAAGGAGAAGAAUAAAGUGCUGAAACAGGGUUUUCUGGCCAGUAGAGUACCCGACAACCUGGAUGCCAUCAUCAUCGGCAGUGGGAUCGGUGGGCUCGGGCUCGGGGUGCUGCUCGCCAAGGUUGGAAAGAAAGUCCUGAUUCUGGAGCAGCACGACCGUGCUGGAGGAUGCUGCCACACGUUCACUGAGAAGGGCUUUGAGUUUGAUGUUGGAAUCCACUACAUCGGCGACCUGCUGGAACACAAGCCGUUCCGCUGCAUGCUGGACAGCAUGACUAAUGGCCAGCUGCAGUGGGAGCCUCUGGAGAAUCCGUUCGACCAGGUAGUUCUGGGACCUCCAGAAAACCGCCGGCGAUAUCCCAUCUACAGCGGCAGGACCCGUUUCCCCGAGGAGCUGAAGAAGUGCUUCCCUGGCGAGGAGAAGGCCAUCGAUGAGUACCUGAAGCUGGUCAAGAAAGUCGGGCGGGGCAUUUGGCUCCUCGCCCUGCUGAAGAUGUGCCCCGUCCCCGUGGCCAAGUUCCUGGUCUACACCGGUCUGGCCCAACGCAUAUCCUUCUUCUUCAAAAUGGCUCCUCGCAGCCUGACAGAAGUGGUAAACGAACUGACGGAGAACAAGGACCUCAGGGCGGUUUUCUGCUACAUCUUUGGCACCUACGGUAACAAACCCAAAGAUAGCAGUUUUGCGAUGCACAGCUUGCUGGUCGCCCACUACCUGAAUGGCGCAUGGUACCCGAAAGGCGGAGCCAGUGAGAUCCCUUACCACAUGAUCCCCAUCAUCGAGAAGGCCGGUGGAGCCGUUCUAGUCCGAGCGCCUGUCAACCGCAUCCUGUUCAAUGACGCCAAGGAAGCUUGCGGUGUGAGCGUCAUGAAAGGCGAAGAGGAAGUGCAUAUCCAUGCCCCGAUGGUCAUCUCCGAUGCUGGCUUCUUCAACACGUACGAGAAGCUGCUGCCCAAAGAGCUCCAGGCCAUGCCAGAGAUCCAGAAGCAGAUGAGCAUGAUGAAGAACGGUUUAGGUGGCCUGAGUGUAUUUGUGGGUCUCAAUGGAACCAAGGAGGAGCUCGGCCUGAAAGCGGACAACUACUGGAUCUUUGCCGAGAACAAUAUAGAUGAACUGGUGGAGGACUAUUGUAAUGGAGAGAGGGAAGAGUCUGCUCAUAAAAUACCUCUCCUGUUCGUGGGGUCUCCAUCGGCUAAAGAUCCGACGUGGGAGGAGAGGUCACCAGGGAAGUCCACCAUGAGUCUGGUCAGUUUCGCCAACUACAAGUGGUUUGAGGAGUGGAAGGAUGACAAAGUGUUGAACCGAGCGUCCGAAUACAAAGAGCUGAAACAGGCUUUCAUCGACUCCGUUCUGGAGGUGGUGUUGGACGUCUUCCCCAAGAUAACCCGAGACAAGAUUGAGUUCAUUGAUGCCGGCACCCCCAUCACGAACACACACUAUAUCGGAGCCCCCAAAGGUGAAAUCUACGGAGCGGAUCACGGCAUCGCCCGAUUCAGCCCUGACCUGCACGCCACCGUGAGACCUCAGACUCCGCUGAAGAACCUCUACCUGACGGGUCAGGACGUGUUUGUGUGCGGCUUCGCCGGCGCUCUCGCCGGUGCGCUCACGUGCGGCUCGGUCAUCCUCAACCGCAACCUCCACCUGGAUGCCAUCGGCUUGGCAAAGAAAAUUAAAUUCAUGAAUGCCAAAUUGAAAGGGGAGUAGCUUCCUGUCGGCAUUCAGCUGAGUGACGGCGGUAACCCUAAUGGAAUCAGCACUUGCGUCUCUGAGACACAGAUUAAAUCUCACACAUGACUGUUCAUGCUAGAAUAAACUGGAAAAGUGAGUUUUUUUUCUCACCACCUCCUACCACUGUGCCUAUACUUUAACAAAUGCAUACCUCCACUAAUUCAUGUUUGAAACUACUAGUUUUGUUGCAACAGUCAACCUGCACUUGUCAAAGCUGACAUCACCCCAACGGUUUAAAAAAAAGGAAAGUUGAAAGUUGUGUGCGGUUUGUUGUGUUCUUUUUAUUGUCAGGUGCCUUUGCUGUGAACUCUUGACUCUGUGCCUAAGGUGUGUUUGGAUGUUUGGAGUUGUAUCAUGUUUGACCCCCUUGUGAUAUUCAAGGGUACAAACAAUGAAUGGGUUGCAGUUUGGUCUUUGAUGUACUAUAUAUACAUUUUUUUUUCACAAUAAUUUGUCAACAGGAUCAUUUAAUUUCUAACUGCACUUGCUUCUGUCCAUCUGUGGAUGGGGAUCGUUUUUUGGGGGGGAGUUUUCUCGCUGUGAGCUCCUGGGACAGGGACGUCGGACGUGUACAGAUUGUAAAGCCUACUGAGGCAAAUUUGUGAUUUUGGGCUAUACUAAUUUUUUAAUUUAAUUGUUUUGCAUCUGAAAGUCACAUCUCUGCAACAUUUUGUCAUUUUCAAAAUAAAUGUAUAUAUCUAUAAACAU